UUCACAGCCGUUGUCAACGCCAAAAUGUCUCAAAGAAACCAUCUCAACGCUUACUCGGGCCCUGAUGCUCUCCGGAACUAUUUCGAUCCUGACUAUCAACCUAUGCUGCCGCUUGUAGAGAUACUUCCCAGUUUGAACCCGUUCUACAACGAUGGUGUACGCAUACAUGCAAAGAUGAUGUCAAUGCAUCCUUCGAAUAACGUCAAGGUCAUGCCAGCAUUGAACAUGUUAUCGAAGGGUGUACAGCCAGAAAAGUCGAAAACCGUGGUUGAAUACAGCUCUGGGUCUACAGUGAUCUCACUAGCAAUGGUUUCUCGCAUCAAUCACGGCAUACAAGAUACCCGCGCGUUCCUGAGCAACAAGACCACCGUCCCCAAACUAAGGCUCAUGCAGUUUUUCGGGCUAGACAUAACGCUUUUUGGAGGUCCCUCGCAACCAGAGCCACACGAUGAGCGAGGCGGUAUACAACAGGCCAGAAAAUGGGCUGAACAAGACGAAUCAGUCCUGAAUCUCAAUCAGUACGAGAACGACGGAAAUUGGCAAUCACAUAUCAGAUGGACCGGUCCCCAGAUUCACGAACAACUCCCCAACAUUCGGAUACUGUGUGCUGGUAUGGGUACAUCGGGCACAAUGACAGGCCUGGGUCAAUAUUUCAAAACAGCAAAGCCUUCUGUUGUCCGAUUAGGUGUCUGCACUGCUGCAGGAGACCGCGUCCCUGGCCCCCGAUCCUACGCACUGCUCAGCCCAGUCGAAUUUCCAUGGCGCGACUCUGUAGACGCUAUCGAGGAGGUGGGCUCAAAAGACGCAUUUGGCCUAUCUUUGCAGCUUUGCCGUGAGGGACUGGUGUGUGGGCCAUCAUCUGGCUUUAAUCUCAAGGGGCUUUUCAGCUAUCUGGAGAAGAGAAAGACUGCCGGUACCCUGAGUGAGCUAGCCGGUCCUGACGGGCUCAUCGAUUGUGCUUUCAUCUGCUGCGAUCUACCCUACCAGUACAUUGAUGAAUAUUUCGACAAGCUUGGUAGCGAAGCGUUCCCACAAAUACAUAACGAGAACCUCCGGACCGUCGACCUCUACCGCUACGACGAAGCAUGGGAACUCAACCCGACACAAGCACUAUCGCAACUCGCCAAUACGGCUCAAAAGGACGGCUUCAGAGCAGUCAUGCUUGAUCUGAGGAAGACAGAAGACUUCAGCGAAAGCCAUAUACCAGGCUCGUGCAAUCUGCCACUGCAAAGCUCCAAUGCAUCCACGCCUAGCCCAUUCUUCGAUGCCACCGUACUUGAGAACCAAUGGAAGGAACUGGAGGCUACAUUUACCCGAGAUCGGAUCAAUGCAUAUGAUCUUCCUGGUAAAGAAGUAUACGUUGUAUGCUACGAGGGUGAUACGGCGAGGGUCGCUACGAGCGUCCUUCGCGCCAAGGGCAUUGUUGCGAGCAGCGUAAAAGGUGGAUUUGCUGCCAUAAGAAGAGACAUGCCACUUCUACAAAUGUCCGGGCGAGGAAGAGAGGUGACGCAGCACACCCGAACAAAGGUGCCUGAUAUUGUGGCCAAGGAGCUGAGAGCCGACUCGCUACCCACUCAACUUCGCAGUCCGACGGGUCUCGUCAUGUAAAUUAUCAGGGAACAAAACGGC